AAUAGGAUCGUAUUUAUUGGUGCAGAUUUUUUUUAUAAUUUUAUUGAAAGUACCAUGCCAAAAGUCCCUCCAGUGAAGAAUCCCCAUGAUGGUAUACCAUACCAUAAUGUACAGCAGGGCAAUGACCCCGGUUGCUAUCAAUUGCACAGACCGUCGCAAUGUCGUCUCAAGUUUCCAAUUACGAAACGACCUAUACACAAAUGCGAGAGUCCAAAACGUGAAUACACUAUGGUCCCGCAGAGUAGCGGCUGGCGCAAUCUGCUGGUACCCAAAACCAAACCAAAUUACUAUCCAGCUAUUAUGCACAAAAAGGAAUAUGAACGACUUAAAAAGCAGGCUAAGAUUGUGACUCAAGAGGAACAAGUACAAGCUAUGCACGCCCAAGAAGCUGCAAUGCAGAAGGCAGCGAAGGACUCAGAGGAGAGGAAGAGGCGCUUGAAGGAGAAACUCCUGCCGCAGCCAGGAGCUGAAGCAGCCACCGGCACCGCAGACCCCGAGUUGGAAGGACCUGACCAGGCCGCGCAUACGCUGUCCAGAGCAGAGAUGCUGCGCGCAGACAACAUGCAGGGUCCACGUCUCUGCAAUCGCAUCAUUCUAGCGUCCAAGUGUCACGCCAUCCGCGACGCCCAGAUUGCUGAGAAGGAGCUCAUCAAGAAGGAACUUGACGAGGAGGAGAGAAGAUUGGACGCGAUAAUGGAAGAGAACCGCGUGUCUGCUGUGCAGCGCGCUGAAGAUGAAGAGGAGCGGCGGCACAGGCUCCGGCUGCAGAACCUCGCCGCGCUCAAGGAACAGAUCCACGCCCAUGAGACUGCCAAGAUAAUGGAAGCGGAACGUAUCGAAGAAGAGAGUAUCCGAGUGAACCAGGCGAACAUAGCGAUGCAGAUUGACGAGGCGCAGAAACUGAAGGAGAAACAUGGGAGACAGACCAAGCUUAAGGAGAUACUGGACCAGGGUAAUGCUGAACUGCUAUACUACAAGCAGCUGCAGAAUGAGGAAGAAAGAAUUAUGGAUCUUCGAAUCGAGAACUUCCUGAAACAGAAACAGCAGAGAGAGACGAAGGCCAGGGCCGAGGCGGAAGCUGUCAAAGCAGCUAAGCAGAAGGGAAUCGAGCACAUCGCUAAAGCUCAAAAGGCAGAACAAGAGCUGAAAGAAGAAUUGGAACGUAUCCGCAACUUGAAGAUCCAGGAGGACGUAGAGAGGAAGUACAGACGGCGGGAGAGGGAGGCUGCCAUCAAGAGGAACAAGGAGAUUAAGCAGCUCCACGAGGCCAGGGUCCAGCAGAUCAAAGAUAUACAUCGUUUGAUUGCGAGAGAAAUUGCCAAAGAUGAACAAAGUUUCAACAACGCGGCGCGGCAAAACGAAGAGUUCAUCCAGAAGGAGAAAGCGUUGGACGACAAACGAAAGGCUCGUAUAGAACGACAUCGACAGGAGAUCAUGAUGCAAAUCAAUGAUAAAGAAAGAGCUAGGGCUGAGCUGCGGGAGAAGAUCCACAAUGAAGGUGUGGCGCUUCGGAUGGAACAGGACCAACAGGACACGUACGAGAGGAAGGUCAUUAAGCAGAAGGUGGCGUCUAUGAGGCAGCAGAAAGUCCCCGAGAAGUAUGUCAAAGAAGUGGAGCAGACGCUCGGCAAACACGGAUAUUAGGAAGCUGAUGUUGUUGUUUUUUUUAAUGUUUAUUAGGAACAAUGUCUUGA